AUGCCACCCUCCUUCGGCUUCCUGAUACCCACACUUGCUGCGGUCCUCCUCUCCACGAGCAUAUCCUCAUCCGCACAACAGAAUGUGGCAGUGGACGCGGAUAGCCCUUUCAUUGACUUUCAGGGCAUUUGGUUCGACGAAUUUGGAGAUAACGGUCCGGGACACACAGUGUAUGCCGCCAGCACAGGCUCCUCAUUUACAUUCACUUUUAUUGGUUCGGCAAUAUACUACCAUUCCGUUAUAAACCCGAACGCAGGGCAAGCCAGCAUCACACUUGAUAGCGGGGAUGCGACUAUUGUGGAUGAGUCAGUUGAUGCACACAAGGGCGAGGAAUCGACGCCUGCCAUCCUAUGGUACAAAACGGGCUUGAACCCCAGCGAGAGCCAUACUAUGAGUUUGUCAUAUGUCGGCUCCGGGGAGCUCGGAGGAGGCUACGUCGAGCUGUAUUACUUAGAAUAUACGGAAGGUGGGACGUCAUCUGCGACGGUGCCUUCGAGCACGGGCGAGGCAAACGCAACCGCAUCGGUCGCUAUCGCUACAGGUACUCUCAGUACCGAGCUUGCGAGCGGGCACUCAAGGUCAAACACGGUUCUGGUUGCUGGACUCGCAGGAGGACUUGGCGGCCUCUUCCUGCUGAGUACGUUCGUCUAUCUUGCGCUCUAUUGCGAGCCAGGAAGCUUAGCGAUGUUCCCGGACGCCGCCGAGAGAAUCGGCCUCGCAAAGCGGACGUCAUUACCAUACACAAUCUCUGCGGUCACGACAUUUCCCACGUCAACUAAAUCAGCUCAGGCAACCAACCCCCGUAUCCCCUCUCCUCACGUUGGACCGUCGACGUCAUCCGUCCAUUCAUUCGUUGAAGACCAGCAUACGUCCCUUGCCACUGAUUCGCCAGCUGACACAUCCCGAGUGGCCCAUGACCUGCAAGACCACAGGAUCGCUAAGCUCAGAACACUUUUGUCAUUGGAGCGUCAGCCCACAGACAAUACCACGAUGUCUGCCCCGGUGCCGUCCCCUCGUGCUCCUGAUGCUACAUUCUCUGUGAGUUCAGAAAUUGCGGAUGACCCUCCUCCGGAGUAUGACGGUCCGAGGGAAUAA